UAAAAAAAAGAAAUACCCCGUAUAAAAGGAUUUACCCUCUCUCUCAACCUCUUUCUUUCGUUCAACGGGCAAGGUUUUUCUUCGCAAUGAAAGCUCAAUCUUUCCGGCGGUUUUUAUCUCUCUAGAGAGCUCAGAGGUUUCUCCGGGUUCAGUUCGGCGAGUUCGAGCUCGAUUCCCGCCAAUAUUUUGCUUCCUGAGGGUUCUAAAGCUUUGGUGCUUUUGGGCGCUCAUUGUUAAAGUGGAAUUGGUUAGGAGGUUGCUGAAUUUUGUAGACUUUAUUGAUUGUAAUAUUGCGAUUUGGAAGAGAAGGUGAACAAAAUAUGGAGGAAGAGAGAGUAGAGGAUUUUUGCCCUGAGAAUAAGCAAGCUAUAGCUCCUUCAAGCUCUUCUGUUUCUGAGAAUAGUGGCAGUGUUAAUAUCAAGUCACCAGGGAUAUCUAGCGCCACCCCUUCUUCACCUGGGCAUCGAAGAACAAGCGGUCCUAUUCGACGAGCAAAGGGUGGAUGGACUCCAGAGGAGGAUGAUACUCUUAAGCAGGCUGUCGCAGCAUACAGAGGGAAGUGCUGGAAGAAAAUUGCUGAUUUUUUUCCUGAUAGAUCAGAAGUACAAUGCCUUCAUCGAUGGCAGAAAGUCCUAAAUCCUGAUCUUGUAAAAGGACCCUGGACUCAGGAGGAAGAUGAUAAGAUCAUUGAACUUGUAAGGCAGUACGGCCCUGCAAAAUGGUCUGUCAUUGCCAAGUCAUUACCUGGUCGAAUAGGAAAACAAUGCCGUGAAAGGUGGCACAACCAUUUGAAUCCUAAUAUAAAAAAAGAGGCAUGGUCAUUUGAGGAGGAGCUAGCACUUAUAAAUGCUCAUAGAGUCCAUGGCAAUAAAUGGGCUGAAAUAGCAAAGGUUCUACCUGGAAGGACUGACAAUGCUAUCAAGAACCACUGGAAUAGCUCUUUGAAGAAAAAGUUAAAUUUCUACUUAGCCACAGGAAAUCUACCACCUUCUGCCAAGAACGUCCCCCAAAAUACUUGUAAAGAAGACAUCACUAUCAAAACCACUCUGACCGAUUCAACAGAUUUAGCAGCUUCAUCAGGAACAACAACAGAUGUUUGUAAAGCAGCAGUAGAUAUGGAAAACAUUCAUCCUCCUGAAGGCAUAAUAGUAGAGGACAUGGGUGGCGCUUUGACCAGCAGUCCUCAAAUUGAUUCAGCUGAUUCUGAAGACGUUGUCCGGCCAUGUAAUAUUAAAUCCUUAAAUUCCACCCCAAAGCUAAUUACACACGUUAAGUAUGGUAGCUUAUACUAUAAACCCCCACAGUUAGCAAGUGUGGUUCCACUGGAUUCAGAUUUUCUCAUUCCCACUUUUCCUACCCCUCCCACCAUUGAAAAGCACAGUGGUGUGUGUGUACAGACCCCUGAGUCCAUAUUGAAAAUUGCUGCUCAAAGCUUCAGGAAUACGCCUUCUAUUUUAAGGAAGAGGAAAGCUGGAUCUUCUCAGUCAUCCACACCUUCCCAUAAAGUUGGGAAGGCCGAUGAUGGUGGUUGUGCUGGUGGUGCAGAAGAUGAUAGUCAGCUAAGAAUCAAUUCAAAUCCUUUUAAUGGGUCUCCUCCUUACCGAAUCAUAAGAUCUAAGCGUACUUCUGUUUUUAAGUCCGUUGAGAAACAGCUUGAGUUUGGCUUUAACCAAGAGCAGGAUGGCUCUGCAAAUGGUUCAACUGUGAAACAUAUCCCUCCUGCAACCAAAGCUGUGUCAGGUGCAGCAUCAUAGUUUGGACUUGGCCUUUAAUUAGAAGCUGGAAUCCGAGUAAGCAAUUCGAGCAGCAAAAUUCAAGUCCACAUAUAAUAAAUGAAGUUCCACAGUUUGACAGUCAUGUCGCCUACACUUUAUUGCAUGAAGUGUGGCGAAGUUUAACAAGCAGCUUUGGUUUAUAUGUAAACUCCACGUCUCAAUGAGUUGUUUUUCAUGGAAGAUGCACUGGAUUUGUACAGAAUUCUGGUUAUAAUGUGGUUCUAACUUCUAAGAACUCCAGCAGUUUUUAGGAGGAACAUAUAAUUAGUUUUUUAGUCGCAAUAGUUUCGUCCUUCAAUCUGUGUAUACAAUUAUUAUGAAAUAAAUAGUUAGAAAUUAUAUCUUGAUCUGAUUGUCACUAAGAAGAUAUAUUUUGGUCUCUGCCCUUUCCCCUUUUAGAGCAAAAUUCAUAGGAAUAAUCUCUACUUUUGGAGCUCAACUUGUUGCUAGGCUCCCUACUUGUUCCUUGUAAUUUUCAACUCUCCUUAUCCUAAUAAAAUGCCAUUUCCAU